AUAAAAAGCAAAGGGCAAAACAGAUAACAUAAAAGCCCACUCACAAACAGAAAAAUAGAAAAGAAAAGAAAACACUUCAUCAUUUCAUUUCAAUACCAACAAAGCAAAAGAGAAAAAGAAAGAAAGAAACAAUAGAGAGGUUCAUAAAGAGAGGAAUUCGAGGAAGAACAAGGAUUUCGUUGAAGACGAAGAUGAGUGAACAACAGAGUAAUAGCAAUAACCAGUUGGUAGUGCAGACUUCAGGGAGUUUAAGCUUCAGCAGUCACUUGUCUAAGGAAGAUGAAGAGAUGUCUAGGUCUGCGCUUUCAACUUUCAGGGCUAAAGAAGAAGAAAUCGAGAAGAAGAAGAUGGAAGUUAGAGAGAAAGUUCAGUUUCAGUUAGGUCGUGUUGAAGAAGAAACCAAACGUCUUGCUACAAUUCGUGAGGAAUUUCAGGAGCUUGAAGCACUUGCAGAUCCAAUGAGAAAAGAAGUUUCAGUUGUUAGAAAGAGGAUUGAUUCAGUAAACAAAGAAUUAAAGCCUCUUGGUAUAUCUUGCCAGAAGAAGGAGAAAGAAUACAAAGAUGCCCUUGAAGCUUUUAAUGAUAAAAACAGGGAAAAAGUACAGUUAAUUACAAAAUUAAUGGAGAUUGAUCAGUUGGUGAGUGAAAGUGAAAGAUUGAGGAUGAAGAAGCUGGAGGAGCUGAGUAAGAACAUAGAUUCAAUGCAAAUGCAAUGAUUUAUUAGCCAACUGAUUAGUGAAUCUUGUGUGGUAUAUUUAAAGAUGAUGACAUAGUAUUUUUAUGUGUAUGGUUGUCUUGUGAUUUUGUAAUUUUGUGUUUUAACUAGCAUUUGAUUGCUAAUUUAGGAGGGUUAUUAUACUCUACAAAACAGGUUUGUAACUAAAUAUGUUGCAUUUUUAUUCACUUUUCUAUGCUUUGUUC